AAAUGUUGUCAUUGCUGGUCUGAUCCUUCAAUAUGUCACUGGAAACAAGUGCUGAAGAUGUAAAUUCUCCAUUAAUCCCAGAUAGAAGCCCUUCGGCUCCCACAGAGUGCAGGGCUAGCUCACUGGUUAGUAAUCGCCGACUGGGGCGAAGCCAAAAGUUCCUCGUCACCAGCUGCAUUCUUGUCACAGAGUUAUGUGAACGUUUGACCUUUUAUGGAUUGACAGCUAACUUGCUGUUAUUUUCUAGCAAUGAAUUGCAUCUUGAAUCGCCAUGGCCAUCCACCAUUAGCUAUUUGUUUCAAGGGACAUGUUACCUUGUACCUUUGUUAGGAGGAUGGCUGGCUGACACUUACAUGGGUAGAUUCAAUGCUAUUUAUGGAAGUUCUUUAUUGUAUGUUGUGGGAACUUUACUACUGGCUGUUGUUUCCAUGAAUAAUGAAAUGCUCCAAACACUAUUUGCCAAUGAAAAUGCAGUUCAUGAUAGUACAGCAAGAUUACUGUAUUUUGUGUUGGCUCUUUUAAUGAUAGCAUUUGGCACAGGAGGAAUCAAAGCCAAUGUGUCACCUUUUGGGGCAGAUCAAGUUCAACAAGAUGGUCCUAGAGCUGUCCAGGCUUUCUUUAACUGGUUUUACUGGUUUAUCAAUGUUGGUUCACUGAUAGCUUUUACUGUAGUUGUGGGGGUUCAGCAGAGAAAUGUUUUUGCUGGCUAUGCUAUCACUGCUGGGACUAUGUUCCUUGCUGUAAUUGUAUUUCUUACGGGUCGCAACAAGUACUUAACCAAGCCGCCAGGUGGCAGCCAAAUUACUGAAAUUACAAAAAUCUUAUGUGACGCCAGGCGUCAUCGUAAACAGAACACUGGUGGUUGGCUGGAUGGAGCAAAGAGCACUUUUGGAGGAAAGUUUACUAAUGCCCAGGUUGAGGAUGUCAAGUCUCUCCUGAGAGUUAUUGCAGUGUUCUUUCUGUUUAUUCUUUACUGGACAAUUUAUUUCCAGAUGCAGACAACUUUCCUGGUCCAAGCUACCUUCAUGAAACUAAAAGUCUCUGACAGCUUUGAAGUACCAGCAGCUUCCUUGUCCAUUUUUGAUACUGUUGCAGUUCUUGUGCUUAUUCCUCUAGUGGAUAAUGUUUUGUAUCCUUUUGUGCGUUACCUUGGUUUUAACCUCACUCCCCUGCGACGUAUUGGUGUAGGUAUGUUGCUGGCAGCAGCAUCUGUGGCAGUAGCAGGAGUGAUUGAAAUAAAACGAAGGGAUGAAUGGCAGGAUCGUGGCACUUGUCUGCAAACAGUUUUUGGUGAAAAACGCACUGCUUCAUGUUUAAAUAUAUUUUGGCAAGUCCCACAGUUUACAUUGAUUGGUGCUAGUGAAGUUUUUACAAGUAUCGCAGGACUUGAGUUUGCAUAUUCACAAGCUCCCAGGUGUCUUCAGGGAGUGGUGAUGGGGGCCUUUCUCGUCACAAGUGGUCUUGGCAAUUAUGUUGCAAACCUUCUUGUUGUCAUUGUCCAGAAAGCUAGCAAAGGUGAUUGGUAUCCAGUGAAUGAUCCCAACCAUGGACACCUAGAGUACUUCUUCUUCUUGUUGGCUGGGCUGAUGAUACUAAAUUUCCUGGUGUUCCUGUAUGUUGCCUCUUCUUACAAAUACAAAACUACUUCUAGAAGGACUGAAGACAUUGGAAAAAACCAGGACAUAGGCCAACAAGCUAAUGGUGAUCCACAAGUUUGAGGUCAACUUGGCCUUGAUCUUUUUACUCAUGACCAACUUUUUUUAUGAGCUGAGAAAAUUCAAAUAUACAAUAGAAUGGAAGACUCUGAACUGUUAGAUUAAGAAGUUCAUUUAUGUGACUGUGUGGAAGAUAUUAAUUUUUACUAUGAUGAUAUAUAUUUCACGGCUAGUAAUGAACAUUUAUGAAAGAAUAUCAAUAUAUUAAUUACUGUUAAUUAAAUUUUUUCUCUGAAGUAAGGGAUCACACCUAUUAAUCUUUCAAGGCAUGAACGGGAAAAAAAUUAAGGCAAGAUUUGUGCUUAUUUUUUCCUUAAUCAUUCAACAAUUCUAGAUGUUAAUAUUCAUUUUACGAAAUGUUUCUUAUACGUACCAGUGCAAGAAAUUUUCAUCUGAAAUGAUGAACUAAAAGCCUGGACAAUGUAUUGGUUGUAAAAAUAAAUGUUUUCAGUCCAACUGAGUUAUUGUGUUAAGUAGUAGUACAGUACUUCAGUUAGUACAUAGCUAUUUGUUUGGGCAUUAAAUUUACUUAACCAUUAAGUUUUAGAAAUUAUUACGUCCGAAACAAAGAAAAAAGGUUUUAAAUGUUCUUUUGUUAUGAUUGUUAAAUUGAUAUUCUUUUUAUUGUAGUAACCAGUUAUCUUCUUCUUUUUUGCCUUAGUCCAUACUAGAAAACUAGGAAAAAAAGAAAAAAAAAAGAAAUAAUGCAAAGAAAACGGCGACAUCAGCAUUUCAGAAAUGCUCCGUUUCUAUGUGUGUUAUGUCCACACUUAAAAGAAAAGCCGUCAUUUCUUAAUUAAUCCAUUUUGCGGGUGGUACCUUAAACCUCCAAUGUCGGUUAACAGUUCACGGAUCAUAAGAGAGAGAGGGUGUCCCAGUUGUAGAAAUAAAGUCACAUUUUUAAAUUUAUAGGGCCUUUCCUAAUGUGGAUUAUUAGACCGUAUUUCAAUAUCAACUGUCUAUACAAACCAGACACUGGCGUAAUUACUUUUCAGUAUAAAGUGGCUUUAUUUGUAUUAACGUUCGAUAAAUCCUUCCUCAUUAUAAGUCAAGAGAUUAUUCUUCAAAAGAACACUUACUCCUAGCCUUGUGUCGCACGAAGGACAAAAUUUUACGUUAUUUUGUAUUAGCGGGAAGGUUUCUUUUAGAGCAGUUAUGGACUGCUAUGUUAGUUACAAUGGAAUACAAUUUGUAUGAACAAUA